GGGGGGGGGUGCAGAGGAGCUGCAAAACAUGGUAAUCACCAUCACCUCCAGCUCUGCCGCGCGCUCUCCCGUCUCCUCGCCUCCUGCGUGCCGGGGCUUCCGUUUCAUGCCCAAAGCCCUGGUCUGCGCUCCAAAAAUAACCCCCAGCCAGCAUGCCGAAGGAAGCAAAACAAGAAGAGCGGUAUUUUUAGGGUCAUUAAUUUGGACCACGUGGCCCGGAGGUAAACCGGAUGGCCGUUGCGCAAAGGCUCCUCGUCAGUAUGUCCUGCGAGGCCGGCACGCCGCACUGGACGCUGACCGCGGUGCUUCUCCUGGGCUUUCUGCUGGGGAUCGUGUCAGCGUACCCGCUACCGAGCGGCAGGACGAACACAACUUUACUGGAGAAAAGGUGGGAGAGCCUGUUCUCCCGCUCCGUGCUGGGGAUCUCUGGGGAGAAACUGGAGCUCAACUGGGAGAGUGACUAUCUGCUGGGCAUCAAACGGGUGCGGAGGCUCUACUGCAACGUGGGCAUCGGGUUUCACCUUCAGAUCCUCCCCGACGGCGCGAUAAACGGUGUACAUAAUGAAAACCAGUACAGUCUAAUGGAGAUCUCCACCGUGGAGAGAGGAGUGGUGAGCCUGUAUGGGGUGAAGAGCGGGCUGUUUGUCGCAAUGAACAGCCGUGGAAGGUUAUACGGGACGACAGUCUUCCACGAUGAGUGCAAGUUCAAGGAGAACUUGUUACCAAACAACUACAAUGCCUACGAGUCUUUGCUUUACAGAGGCUCCUACAUAGCACUCAGCAAGCAUGGCCGCGUGAAGAGGGGCAACAAGGCCACGACUGCCAUGACUGUAACGCACUUCUUGCCCCGAAUAUGAUGAGCAGCAGCUGGCAAUAACAAACGUAUUUGCACAUGUGGAUUAUUUUCCAGGUAACAGAGAUACUGUGUACGUACAUACAAACAUACACGACAAAACGGACUGACAAAGAAAUACUGUUAUAUCUGAUAGUAUUUAUUCAAUCUUUAUAUGUAUAUUUGGGUAGCAGACUUUGUUUUAGAAAUUAUGGAAAUGCUAUUCUUUGCUGCUUUUAUGAUUUUCAUCACUUUGUGACAUGAAGGGGGCGGAGAGGUUUCUUUCCCCUCCUUACUUUAUGGAAUUAGUUGUUGUCGUCACCCUGUCGGUGGAUGACACUUUGUGCUUUUGUAAAUGAACUGGACACAUUAUUACCUCAAAGCACCAUAUCCCAAGAAGAAGAAAAGAGAAA